UUGGACCGUCGAGACCACAGUUUGUGUUGUUUGGAUCUUCCAUUGUUCAGGAUAGCUAUUAUGAAGGUUGGGGAGCUACUCUUUCUCAUGUCUAUGCUCGUAAGUCUCAAUGGUGUCCUCUCUCAUUGCAAAGCGUUUCUUCUCCUCUUCUCUCCUCUCCAAGUCUAUCAUUCAUCCUACCGCUUCAUCCUCUCGCUCUUUCAACACCAACGCCAUGCGCAACUACGACGACCAGAACGACGAUGUUGAACGUCGCUCAGAAUUCUCUUCCCCUCGUAUCGCGUGUCGUGACGAUAUCUUCUUAGACGUGCUGGAUCCAUUUUUCCCUACUCGGAGUUUGAGCCGGGUUCUUAACAUGAUGGAUCAGUUCAUGGACAAUUCGUUCCUCUCGACGCCUCGUGGUAUCGGAGCUGGAGCCGGAGUUCGUCGUGGAUGGAACAUGAGAGAGACAGAAGAUGCUCUGCUUCUCCGCGUGGACAUGCCUGGACUUGGCCAAGAAGAAGAGAUUUGUGUAUAUCUCUAUCAAAGAUCAAGUCAUUUCACAAAUUGGGUAUCAAUUUGGGAAUUUAUUGAUGUUGGUUAUAGGAAUUUGGGUGCCAAGAGGACAUGCUUUUUUGUGGGAUUUUUGACGGGCAGGGGUCAUGGGGUCACUUUGUGGCCAAGAGAGUAAGAGAGUCAAUGCCACCAUCUUUGCUAUGCAACUGGCAGGAGACACUCUUACUUGAAGACCUGUGCUGCCAUUGAUCGAGAACUAAAGCAUAAUCGCAAGAUAGAUUCAUUUUUCAAUAGAACAAUUGCCCUGUCCAUUGUUAGACAGGUAAAGAUAAUACAAAAAGCUUGUCAGAAUGAACCAAGCUUAAACAAAGAAACUCAAAUGAUAUUGGUUUCGUUGUUUAAUUAGAAUUAGAAUUUCACCCCCCAAUAAGCUGCCAAGUCAAUUUGCAAAAUGAAUCUAGUGACCUCACUCACAGAACAUUAUCCUGAUCUAUGAUGGGCAGGGUGAAUUAAUUGUAAUUGCAAACAUUCUCGUGCAAUUUUAGCCACAACAUCAGAUGAUGGAAGUUUGGUAGCAGUUCAGUUGACAAUAGAUUUCAAGCGUAGUUUACCUUGUAAGUGUGUUUCGGUGCAUGAUUGUAAUUAGUCUAGAAUGAGUAAUUUUUGUGUAAACUAAAAAAUGUGGUUACAUGGAACUGUUGCAGAGGAACAAUAGCAAUUCUGGUUUAUAACUUUCAUUUUCUUUUUAUUUAAAAAAUUGAAUUAUGUGCCAGCCACGUCAGUUAACAAACUGAUUACCGCAUGUCACGUUCAAUUCCCACUAACAUCGUUAGAGACAAUUUAACGGAAAUGAUCCAAAUAUUUCAAUUUUUAUAAAUUUGAGACCUA